AUUGAAUAUACAUCACGUUGUCAUUAAUACAUUAACAUGGACCACCUCUGAGCUUUAUAAAUGAAAGAGCUGCCAGCUGCUUAUCUCGUAAAUGUUUUGAUUAAGGGGAUGGAGUAGAGAGAUUAUAUGAUUGAAAUAAUUUGUUUAAGAACAUUUUAACAUCUGGAUUAAUGAAUUAUACAGAGGUUAACCAAACUGAUCAAUGCCUGCAGUUUGCCUGUCCAGAGAGAUCUGUAUCCGCUGUGUAUGUAUUACUGUAUGUCUCUGCUGCUGCUGUAGUUCUGUUAACAGUGUUUGGAAAUCUGCUCAUCAUUAUCUCUGUUUGUCACUUUAAGCAGCUCCACACUCCAACUAACAUGCUCAUCCUCUCUCUGGCUGUAUCAGACUUUCUGGUUGGAGCUCUAGUGAUCCCAAUGUUAUUAAUAUGGACAAUUGAAACAUGUUGGAUUUUUAAUGCAGAAUUUUGUCUCUGUUACAUGUUAAGCUCUUAUUUUCUUACAAGCAUAUCGAUACAUAAUGUCGCUCUGAUCGCUGUUGAUCGGUAUUUUGCUCUCUCUAAUCCAUUUCUGUACACUAACAAAGUGUCUGUGAGAACAUUAUGCAUUGUGGUUGUAUGCGAUUGGUGUGUGAUGUUCUUCUAUAAUUUAGUAGCUCACUAUUUCAGCAGAAACUUCAAAAGUUUAGUAAUGUGUCCUGGAGACUGCUACCUUGCUUUGGAUGAGAAUUGGUCUUUGGUUGAUAAUCUAAUUAUUUUUGUCAUCCCAUGUUCUCUAAUUAUCAUUCUGUAUAGUCUAGUUUUUGUUCUCGUAAGAAAACAUGCUGUUGCUAUCAGAGAGCUUAAUGUGAACACAAAGACUCAAACAUCACAUAAAACUAUCUCAAUGCAAUCUGAAAGAAAAGCUGCAAAAGUACUGGGAAUAGUUGUGUCUGUGUUUUUGGCUUGUUUAUUUCCAUACUCUAUUUACAGUUCAUUGGGCAAGGCCAUUGAAGUUAAAGUAGAAUUAUUUCAGAAAGUGCUGAUCCUUGUUUAUUUGAAUUCUACUGUCAAUCCAAUUAUUUAUGCUUUGUUUUACCCAUGGUUUAGGAAGUGUGUCAAACUUGUUUUAACACUUCAAAUCUUUAAACAAGAUUGUACUUUAAUUAAAGUUAUGUAA